ACAUAGCUCCAUUUGACUGACGUUGACGUGUACUGUGAAAGGAUUCAAGAGCUACGUGUUUUGUUGUAAGGUUAGAGUCACAAUGGGUGCAGUGGAUAAUUCUGUCAUAAAAAUCAAUAAAUGGGACGGCUCAGCCGUGAAGAAUGCUUUGGACGAUGCAGUCAAGGAAGUACUUACGAAGAAAUACAAUUACAUAGAAAAUUUUGCUCUUUUGGAUGGAAGACUGGCGCUCUGUGGAAUUGCUGUUACAAUAGCCAUUGUAGCAUUAUUGUGUGAUUAUUUAUAUCCAUUCCCUGCUUCAAAACCUGUUCUAAUAGCUUGUGUUUCUAUGUAUUUCUUUUUAAUGGGACUCUUAACAAUAUAUACAACAUACAAAGAGAAAGGCAUAUUUGUGGUCGCCGUUCAAAGAGAUCCAGCAGGUUUCAACCCUGAUUUGGUUUGGGAGGCAAGUUCUUAUUUAAAAAAGUAUGAUGAUAAGUAUAAUCUGGUAUUGUCAGUUAGGAGUGCGUCAUCAGGCAACAUUAACGAGACGACUGUGACCAAAUCCGUUGCAAACUUCAUUGACGUUAAUGGUGUAGUGAUUCCAGAACUGAUAGAAACCGUUGUAACGACCAUGCACGACAGUCUGACAUCACAACGCAAGGAAAAGUAGCAGUGUUUUGAAUAACGUUUCUUUUCUAUAUAAAUCAAUUCGGUAUCUCACACUUUUUCGAUCAUCAUAUCCUAAAAUACAAUAUUUUUACGUUCCCAGUUUCGUGUAACGCUGUAAAUAAUACGCAAAACUGAGAGUUCAGGUAUUUCCAUGCAUCCGUGUGUAUCGUAAUUGUUAUAUUCAAUACUUUAAAUAAAAAUAAACAUUAUAAAUCUUCUUUUUCUAGACAAACAGAA